AUGAAGCUGUAUAUUUUUAUCACGAUUUUCAAUAUUCUAUCGUUAUCGCAAUUCCUGGGUCUUAGUGUCACUGUUCCACACUUUGCGACCCUGCAAGACCAAAAAAACCUUCAAGAUCAAAUGUUGAAUGGAUACAGAAAGACAUUAAGGCCAAUAUUGGACCAAGAUCGACCAGUGAUUGUCAAUAUUUCAUUUACGUUUAAUAACAUUCACAAUUAUGACGAAGUCAGUGGUCUGUUCGCUUUCACUGGCAGGCUUUAUUUAUCCUGGAAAGAUGAGUCCAUCGGUUGGGAUCCAAAGGAUUAUGGGAAUGCAACGGCCACUAGACUUCCGGUGGAUGAAAUGUGGAUCCCAAACAUUGGUGUACAAAAUCCAGCAGAAAGCGAGGAAUUUAUGGAGAUUGAGGUAGCAGGAUUUACUGUAGAGGUCACGAAUAAAGGAUUUGUGCAAAUGGGUAAUUCAGGGAUGAUCAAAAUCAUGUGCGAACCUGAUGUGACGUAUUAUCCAUUCGAUAUGCAUCAUUGUGCGUUAACUUUAAAUGUUCUCAAUUUUAAAGAUCACGAAGUCCAGCUCAAACUCACUAAACCAGCUAAAGGCGGCUACGCAUUCAAACAAAAUGGACAAUGGAAUAUAUCCAUUCUACAAACCUAUGUGACUGACCUAGAAAUGGUUAUUCAGCUAACGUUAAUGAGACGAUCGUCCUUUCUCGUAGUAAACAUAUUUCUACCGGUCAUUUUCCUAUUGUCGAUAAACGUGGCCGUUUUUCUUCUUCCGGUAGAAUCGGGCGAGAGGAUAUCCUUCUCCAUCACCAGUUUCUUGUCUUUUGCGGUUUUCAUUACUAUCCUUACGGAGAAAGUUCCACAUCAGUCGAACCCUCUCUCAAUCAUCAGCGCCAUAUUUGCUUUUCAACUUGCAAACAGCACCGUCAUCCUAAUCUGUAACGUGCUUGUUGUGAACAUUUACCACAAGUCCACGGAAAUCGGCUCGACUUGUGUCAUUUCCUUUGUGAAGUUCAUGGGACGAAAAUCACGAAGAAAAAUGGUGUCUCCCGUCAUCAGCAUCAAAGUAAAUCCCAAGGAUGGGUGUCGUAAAUCCUUUGAUGACGCCGCGGACGAGAAAGUCACUUGGAAAGAGGUGGCAAGUGCAUUUGACAAAUUUUUCUUAUUUACUUUCCUCUGUUCUACUUUGGUUCCUGUUUUGGUUUUUAUUCUUUAUGUUAUGUAUCAUACAUAAGAGUUUUGUAAAUACUUAGAAAGAACUUUAUCGUUCUUGGCAUACUUAUAUUUACUAUGGAUAACUCCGUUUAUACCUGAUCAAAAUAUAGGACUCACGGCGGAUGUGACCGGUCGACAGGGGAUGCUUAAUCCUCCCACCUCUGGUAUAUCCAGGGGUUCGUGUUUGCCCAACUCUCUAUUUUGUAUUGUUUGUAGGAGUUAUGAGAUUGAUCACUGUUUGUUAUCUUCACCUUUCAUUGUACGGACUGUAUUUCCGUGUGCUGCAUGCAUCCAUGUCUUAAACCAAACUGCAUUGAUAAUGUAAGAAUGGAUGAAAAAAUUGUAUUCAGAAUUUUGAUGGAUUUGUUCGUUUGAUGGGAUUAAUUCAUUUUGAAAUUGUUCACACUUUUAUGCAUUCAUUGUUCAAAGAUGAACUGUUAAUGAGGAGACUACGGCGAGAAGAAAUAAGCCACCAAUAGCAUUUUCAAUCAUUUUUAUCCAAUGUUGUUUUAAUCACGUAUUGACAUCUCUAGCCAAUACUCAAAAUACAUGUACAUGUAUGUACAAAGAUAUUUAAUCAAAGAUACGAUAUGUGUGAAUGUAAAUCAUCCCAAAACCUUAACUGUAAUGUUGUUGUGUGCCAAGGAGAAAACUUAUCUCCAUUUAUUUCUCACUAUGUACAAAUGAUUUAGAAAAUUAUUUUAUAGGCAGAAAUGUUAUUGGUGUUACUACAAACACUGGGGCAUAGAAGAGUUAUAAGAAACGUUACACACAUGUAUAAGAAAAGUAAGACUAUUUAAUUCACCGUCAAUUGUUGAACGUGCUCAUUUACGUUUUAUAAAACAUACCUGAUUUAUAAAGUAAUACGACAAGUUAUGGUUCACGGUGAAACGGGGCGAUGUCAUAUAUUUAACAAUUUUACUAUAAUGAUUUCUGAUUGAUAACAAAUUGAGUUAGAUUAUUUGUGUAUGUACGUAACGUAUCUGACAAAAGAAAACUAACAAACCCAAGGCUCUUGUUUUUAUAAAGUAUUUAGACAGGUGAGGCAUUUUAAACAUUUAGUUUGAGCAUGGAUUAUAUAUACAAUUAAAGCUUUAUGGAUAAAGAUAACUGAUAAACAAAGGCUAUGAGAUCUAUUUUUUUUUUUUUUUUUUUUUUUUUUACAAAUAUGGCUUGAUGAUAUCUCUGGGCCUUCAAAGUGAGUGAUUUACAGAAGUUUUAAAACGAAUUUUGAAUGUGAGGAAUAUUUGACAUUGUUACCAAGACAUGUACCGUUACAAAAAGAUCUCUGUUAAAUUUAGAACAGCAAAGCACCACAUUCCUGUCGAAGAAGACGGAUUCACAAAAAUGAAUUCUGUUGUACAUUAUGCAAUUGUAACCAAAUUAGGGAUGCAUUUCAUUGUAUUCUAGAAUGUAAAGCAUUGUACAAAUUACACAUAUAUUUUGUUGAUAUACAGUAGACUACUGCUAUGCCCAAAACACUGAAAUAUUUUGUGAACUUAUGUCUUCUAGAGAGUCUGUAUUUCUUAAGAAAGUAAUGCAUAUUCAUUUUGAAAAUCAAUGAUAUUGUCUGUUCUCGUAAUUUUCUCUGUUUGAUCCGUGUGUUAUUGUAUAUAUGUAAAUACGAUUCGUGUAACAUUCCAUUGUCUGUGUGAAAUAAACUGAAC